AUGAAAAACGAAAACAGGGCAGCUUACUUGGCCAAAGCAUCCGGUACAACUGGCAUGAAGGUGGCCCAAAUGAUUGUGGAUGACAAAAGGAGAGAAAACAUGAAACAAAUAAUUACCACCACCCUCCAGGAAAACCCAUUAGCAGAGGUCAAUGAGAGAUACAGCAAUGUGGAAAAAAUGCUUGAAUAUAAAGGAGACAUAUCAACUGCAGUUUGCAAACACAAGUUUGCAUCCUUCAUCAGCCAUCUUUCAAAGAACAUCGUCCCUAUGGCCACAUUGGAACUUUUAAUUAAUGGGGAAACAACAAUGAUUCCAACAGAGUUUCAGACAAAAAUUAACAAGUUGGAGAGAGACAUAGAGAUGUACUUUUACUAAGAAUGAAGAAUUAAUGAAGUGUGCAGUGAGUGAUGCAUGAAAAAGGUGUGUAUGUAGAAGUGAGUGAAGUGUGAAGAGUGAAAGAAACAGAACAUAAGUCAAAUAGUCUUAUGUAUUUAUUAACAAUUAUUUUGUUUUUAGUAAACAGCUAUUGAUUGAAGGUGGUCAUCAUUUGAUAUAUGUUUCCACAUGAUAAUUAUUUUUCCGUUCUGCUUUUUAACAUAUGUGAGAACAUUUAAAACUUGUGUUUAUAUACAUAGUGCACAUUCUAAAUAACUUUCAGAU